AUGUUCAAAUUUGCCGUUGUCCUUUUCGCUAUUAUUGCCUGUGCCGCUGCUAAGCCUGGUUUGGUUGGUGCUUCUUUGGCUUACACCGCUCCUGCUGCUCCCGGUUUGGUUGGUGCUCCUUUGGCAUACACUGCUCCUGCCGCCGUAGUUGCUGCUGCUCCAGCUCCAUUUGUCACAGCCACCAGUAGCCAAUACGUUGCCCGUAAUUACAAUGGUAUUGCCACCGCUCCAGUUGUUGCUCCCGUUGCCGCCCCUGUUGUCGCCAAGACUUUUGCUGCUCCCCUUGUGGCCAAGACUUUCGCCGCUCCAGUAGCUGCCGCUUACACUGCCCCUGUUAUUGCCAAAUAUGCCGCUACCUAUGCUGCUCCAUUCGCCUACUCUGCACCCUUGACCUAUGCUGCUGCUCCAGCUCCUGUUUUGUUGUAA